AUGAAUAGCUACAGGGACCUAGCGAACACCACCCUGGAUCAGAAGAAAUUUUUGGACGAAUGUAUUUUCAUCGUUAAGGAGCAGAGCUUUUACAUGAAGCAGGCGGUGGAAAAUGGAUCCCUCCGGGACACUUUGAAGCACGCAUCGAACAUGCUAUGCGAACUGAGAACAUCGCAACUAUCGCCCAAGUACUACUACGAGUUGUACAUGCUGAUAUUCAACGAACUGCAACAUCUAGAUACAUUUAUAAGUGAUAAGAAAAAGCAUAAAAAGAGAUUCAUCGAUAUAUACGAGAGCGUUCAACACGCUGGAAACAUCAUCCCCAGACUGUACCUACUAAUCAUCGUGGGGAGAAACUAUAUAAAGAACAAAGAUAUUAAGGCAAAGUAUAUCUUAAAGGAUAUGACAGAACUGUGUAAGGGCAUUCAACACCCACUGAGGGGGUUAUUCUUACGCUACUUCUUAAUUCAAAUGUGCAAAGAUAGAAUACCUGAUACAGGAAGUGAGUACGAAGAAGCAGGUGGAGGGAAUAUAGAUGAUGCAUUUGAAUUCCUUCUCUCAAAUUUCUAUGAAAGUAUUAAAUUGUGGAGCAGAAUGAGUGACAAGGUACACAUUAAAUUGGCACCUGGACAAGACGAACAAGUUAUGCAUAAUAAUAGAAACAAGGUGUUAAGGGAAAAAAUGGAUGUCAAAAUGCUAGUAGGAUCCAAUCUAGUUCGUAUGUCUCAGUUAGAAGGUAUGACUAGACAAUAUUAUAUUGAAAAAUGUCUUCCAAAAUUACUACAAAAUCUCUCCACUAUCAACGACUCUCUCAUUCAACAGUAUAUUUUUGAGUCCAUCGUUCAAGUAUUCAGUGACGAAUGUCAUAUAUAUACUUUAGACAUUCUACUAAACGCUAUUCUCAAAACAAAUAGCUCACUCGAUUUUAAGGGCAUCCUCAUUACCUUAUUGAAAAGGUUAAGAUUUUUUAUCGAAUCGAAUAAAUAUGAAGUUCCAAAAGAGGUCGAUAUUUUUUCUCUUUUUUAUGAACACCUAGUUCUGUAUGUUAAUCGAACGCUAGAUUCGUAUGAGAGAGCGAAAGGCUCCUAUCGUUCUUCGUUCCAACAGGAGGGUCAGACAUUUCCUGCGAGGGACACGGUUGUAGAGUAUUACAAAGGGGAGGAGGAGAAGAAGAAGAAAGCUGUCUCGACAUGUGGCACGACGACCACCACAUCCACCAAUGUGAUCACCACAAACAACGUUACAACGAUGGGGACUCAUCACAUCAAUGAGAACGAUCUUGUGCCCAACUGCAAAAUUGUUAAAAGUGUAGAUGCGAAAAGUAACCCCGCGGAGGAGAAGCGAACGAUGAAAGAAGCUUCAUAUUAUGGAGGAGCGACACACCAGGGUAACAAUAACAAAGCGUCCAACUAUGGAAAUUUGCCCAGGGGUACCCAAGGUUGUUACAGUAAUGAAAAGAAUAAUCAAGAAAAUGAUGAAGACGAUGAAUUUGUAGAAGACAUAGUUAAAAUGCUACAAGUUAUCUAUGAGUUCAUUUUCUUAUGCAUACGUAUAUACGACGAUGUCAUUACUAUUAGCAAACUCUUUGACCUUCCAUACACCAUAGCGUGUAAUGUAAACCUCAACAAUGAUGUUCUAUGCGAACAGAUAAUUAACAUUAUUGUACUUCCAUUUAAUUACUUGGGGAUUAGUGCUCUCAAGGGAAAGAACAUGCAAGCGCUGUUGAGGAGCAUAACAUCUCAGAAACAUAAAAAGAAACUUAGCCUAGAUAUUAUUGAUGCUAUUAUUGAUUGUAAGAAUAAGGCCAUCGUUUACAAGGACGUGGAGGAAAUCCUCAAUUACAUUUCCCCAAUUUUUAAUGAAGAUGUAAAGAGGAAAACUGACCCCACUGAUAAUUCACACCAACGAGAGACACACCAGGCCGACUUCUUCAACCUAGAAAAUAGCACCAUCACAUAUGCGGCAAAAAAAAUGUGCAAAUUUUUUCACAUCAUCACAAAUACUCAUGAUAUUGACGAACGAUACAACAUAUGCAUUUUGUUCUAUAAACACAUAGAAAAUGGUCCCUACUUGGUACAUCUCUUGCCGACCAUUGUUUUCACCAUGCUGGACUUAGUGAUGACCAUCACAAACCUGGCCCCCAGCUCGGGGACAAAGACACUGUCACAGCAUGAUGAGCCUUUUGAGAAAAAGGAACACCCUGAUGAGGAACUCAACGAUGAGCAUAUCCGCGAUGAACAUACGCAUGGGGAAAAUACCUAUGAUGACCUGAACUUGCUAAGUAGCAACCUCGGUGACAGAACCACACACAUAGGCGUCUUCCCAGGGAACCGCGCAGAUGAUCCCUACCUUGAGGACAAAAUAAAGCAAUAUAACAUAUACGUAAAGAACAUUUUAAAGUUUAUUCAUACAAACCUUCUCUGUGUGAGUAGCCAAAUUCCUAUGCUAGCGCUUAAGCUUUUCCUGUACAGUGCUGUAGUGGUUAACAAUUAUGACCGUUUCGUUCAAGCACAUGAAUUUUUAUCGUUCGAAAAUUUGGAAGCCAUCUGUUAUGAAUUUAUAACACAGCCACUGAUUAUCUACGAAGAAGACAUUAACAUUUCCUCACAACAGUACAACUGUAUCAUUUGGAUAACUGGCAUUUUGUGUUCCCAUAUUACUCUCCUCCAAAAUGAGAACUACGAAAAUAUUGCCCUCAAGUUAACGCAACAUGCAAAUAAGUUGCUGAAAAAAAAAGACCAAUGUUUGGGCAUCCUGGCAUGCUCUCAUAUUUAUUGGGAAAACAAAAAAUACAGAAAUAGUGCCAAGGUGUUGGAGUGCCUCCAAAAAUGCAUAAGGAACGCAGAGAUUGCCGUGCAGUCAAAUAAUGAUAAUGUAGUUCUCUUCCUUUUUUUGUUGCAAAAGUAUGUUUACUAUUAUGAGGCACAAAAUAUCGAAGUCACUGAGGAUAGUGUGCAUUACUUGCUUCAUAUUUGCCAGGAGGAAUACUCCAGGGAGAGUUGCGACGCCAACUUUAAGAAGGAGUUCUUGCAGACGGUGAAGUACAUACACGACAAGAAGAACAGUUCCAAUGCCUUUGCCAAGAUUGGCCUGGACGUCUCGGUUCUGCGCUAG